AUGUAAUUUUUAAUCAGGUCCACUGCACCCAAAUUACCUAUCAAUCUAGAAUGUGUACUUAGAGAAAAUAAAUAAAUUAUUGAACUUAAAAUCACAACCAUUCAUCCUGGUCCUUGUAUUUAAUAACAUAUUGACAUCUUCUUAAAUGAUGUAGAAAUGACAGAAAAAGAUCAUAAACGUUUCAAUUCUCUUGAAGUUAUUGUCAAAUACUCUAUUGCUCAUCAAUAUAUGACUAUUACUGGUAAAUUACUCAAUCUUAGUCUUGAAAAAACAUAAGAACUCUUAAAAUCACAUCAUCUAUUUGAUUUGGCAUCUGCUUAUUAUUGGAUCAUUGCUUCAGGACCUCAAGAGAGCAGUGAAUUGAUUUUUGAUUCCAAUCUAGACUUAUAAGGCAUGUCUCUCAUUAUGUAUUUAAAUUGCAUAAAUCAAUCGUAAUAAACAUGUUCUAUCGAUCUAAUUGAUAAACAUUUAAAACUCACUGAUGAUCCUGAAGUCAUAUACCUAAUGCUAAGAUUACUGAAAAAACAUUAAAAUUUAAAUCAAAUACAAGUUGAAAAAGUCAUUUUAGCUAAUCUUAACUAAAUGGAAACCUCUCUUUAGGCCAAGUAUUGCUUUGCAGAAUUUAUUAAUGAAUAUUAUGAAAAUUGUGAAGUUUCUUCUUCUUUUAAAAAUUUAUUAUUAGCUAACAAAUUGGAAUAAUAUUUACAGACUCCAAGUUUAAUCUUUACUUUUUAAAGUUAAGAAGAAUAAUAAUAUCCAUUAAUCACAAAAAGAGAGUCUAAAUAUAUUUAUAAACUUGAUGAUUGUGAGAUGCAAUAAGAAAUUGAACUUUUAAAAAAAAAUGUUUGCUUAAUCAAAGAUGAAGAAUUUAUUUAAUAAGAUGAAACUGAAAAAUAAAAUGGAGUCAAUUUAUUUGAAAUUAAAUAAGAAAUAAGUAUUUUAAAAAGAAAAUUAGCAGAAGCUGAAAAAUUAAAUUAAUAAUAUGAAGAAAAAAUAAGUAAAUUAGAAGAAGAUAAAUAAUUUUUAUUAUAAGAAUUAGAUGAAUCAAAAAGAUAGAAUUAAAUCAAUUUGAAUUCAUUUAAUUCAUAAGUAAAUGAAAAACUUAAAUAAACUUAAUAAUAAUAAUAAUAAUAAUAAUAAUAAUAAUAAUCUAUAUUUUUUAGUAAUAAAUAAAAUUUAUUAAAAGCUACAAAAACAAAUAGUUUAAAAGCAUCUGUUAAUUUUACAAAUAUUUAAUAAAAUAAUUAAUAAUUACCAUAAAUUUAAGAGCAAAUUGAGAAUGAUAAAAUAGCAAAUAAUUAAAAUGAAAAAUUUGAUAAAACAAUUGAAGAAGUAAGAUCAGAAAAAUGUUUGAAUUCAAUAGUUAUUCCAUAAACUCAAUUAGAACCUACAACACCUCAUUAAUGCAGUUAAGCUAAUCUGUCUAUAAAUUAAGUUAUUCCUCCUUCUCCUCCUCCUCCCCCACCUCUUCCUUUUGAUAAUAAAGGAUAACCUCCACCUCCACCACCACCACCACCACCACCUUUUGGUAAAGCUGGUUUUCCUCCUCCACCACCUCCACCACCUCCACCUCCUGGAAGUAUAAAAAGUUAAAAAGAAAUAAAACCAAAAUUUGAAAUAAUUCCAAUUGAAAUUGCAAUGAAGAAAUGUUAAAGUUGGAAUCCAAUUCCAAAUAAUAAAGUAGAUGGAUCAAUAUGGGAAUAAUUUAAAUAUAAUGAUAUGAAGUUUGAAAUAGGAGAAUUUGUAGAUAUUUUUGCUGCUAAGUCUAUUAUAGAUUAAUCUAUUAUGUAAUCAGCUGUUUUUUAAUCUAUGUUUAUAAAAAAAGAACCUAUUACUAAAUUAUCAAAAGGUAGUGGACCAAAAGAUCCUAAUAGAGCCUAAGCUAUAUAAAUGGCAUUGAAGAGAGUAAAAUAUCCAAUAGAAGAAAUUUUAUAAGCUAUAAGAAUAGUUGAUGAAGAGAAGUUAACAGAAGAUAAAGUAGCUCUUUUGAUAGAUUGUUUACCAAAGGAUAAUGAGAAGAAUUUAUGGAAAGAAGAGAAAUCAUGGAGUUUAUAAGAAUUACAAAAAAGAAUAAAAGAUUACAGUGAUGCUGAUUAAUUUUGUAUGUUUGUUAUGGAAAUAAAAUGUUAUGAAGAAAGAUUGAUUAGUUUAAAUGCAAAAUAUGAAUCAUUGAAGAAUUAAAUAGUAAUAGAAGAAUUAUUACUAAUGUUUGAUGCUGUUUUUGAUUAAAUAAAAAAUGAUUAAGAAUUAUUAAUAGUAAUAAGACAUUUAUUUUAUUAUGGAUCAAUAUUAAAUGGAAAUAAUUAAGCUUAUGGAUUAAGAUUUGAUAGUAUUCCUAAAGUAACAUGUUAUUCUGAUAAAUAAAAAUAAUUUGAUAUUUGGAUGUAUAUAAUAAAGAAAAUUGAAGAAUCAGGAUUUGUGAUUGAUAUGGAUGCUGAUUUAUAAAAAUUAGAUAUAUUAUCAUAGGAAUAGAGAAGGAUGGAUAAUUUAUAUGUAUUUUUGAAAUAAUUUGAGUAAAAUAAGUAACAAAUAAUAUUGGCAAGAGAUAGUGAUUAGGGUGGUGAUGAUAGAGCUAAAGAAGUUUUUGGUUAAUUAUAUGAUGAAAUUGAGUUAUUCGUGAUUGUUUAGAAAGCAAAUCUAAAGAAUUUAGAGAAUAAAUAUAAAGAAUUAUGUUUAAUGUUUGGAGAACCUCCAACCAAACCUACUGAUUAAUUUAUUAAAACCAUUUAUGAAAUAAAAAGAAAAGUAAGAGAAAGAAAAAGAAUUCUUUUAGAAUAGGAAAGUUAGAAGAAACGAAGAUAAACUUUAGAUGAAAAAAGAAAGACAAUAAUCAAAAAAUGA